AUGCGAGCUCUCCUCGUUUCCGUCGCUCUCCUCCUGCUUUUCGCGAAAUCCGAUGCGCGCUGGUUCAAGUUCGGAAAGCAACAACAGAAAGGUCUUCCAGUCGUUCUAGGUGAGUAUCUCCCAUUCCUUAUCAUCAUUCCUGCUGAUUGCCUCAUUUCAGUUCCUGGCGAUGGAGGAAGUCAGUUGGAGUCCAAUUUGACGGGAAAACCGUCGGUCGUUCACUAUGUGUGCGCCAAACAAACGGCCGAUUACUUUGAUUUGUGGCUGAAUCUCGAACUGUUCAGUCCGAUGGUCAUCGAUUGCUGGGCAGACAACAUGCAGUGAGUGUUCUCGUGAAUGGAAAGAAGUACACGGUCCAUUCCAGAUUGGUGUUCAAUACAACGACUGGAAAGUCGGACAACAUGCCGGGAGUUGACAUCCGAGUGACAGGAUUCGGAGCAACGCCGGCUGUGGAAUGGCUCGAUAAGAGCAAGGCUUCACAAGGAAGAUACUUUUUCGAUAUUGUCGAUUCUAUGGUCUCCUGGGGAUACAGAAGAGGAAAGGAUGUCGUCGGAGCGCCGUUCGAUUGGAGAAGAUCUCCGAGUAAGGACACUUUCUGCUCGUUCAGUUUCAUAAUAUUCUAUAUUCAGAUGAGUUGAAUGAUUACCUCAUCGAAUUGAAGACUCUAGUGGAGACAACCUACCGUUGGAACGACAACCAGAAGGUUGUGCUCGUGGGACACAGCAUGGGAAACCCGCUCUCUUUGUUCUUCCUGAACAACUACGUGGAUCAGGCAUGGAAAGACAAGUACAUUGCCAGUUUCGUGAGUCUGGCUGCUCCCUGGGCCGGCUCCAUGCAGAUCGUUCGAUUGUUCGCUUCCGGAUACAACAUGAACUACUACAGAGUCAUUCUGCCGCCGAGUAAACUUAGAGCCAUGCAAAGGUUUUUCAGCUGAAGCCGCUUUCCACUUUCAUUUCCCCGUUUCAGAUCAUUCACAUCUUCGGCCUUCCUGUUCCCAAGUCCUGUUGCCUGGAAGUCAACAGACAUUCUCGCGUCGACGGCCGAAAAGAACUACACAGUGACGAACAUCAAGGAGUUCUUCCAUGACAUCGACUACAUGAUCGGAUGGGAACAGUACAAGCAGUCGGCCCGAUUGAACGGAAAUCUGUCCGCUCCGGGCGUUCCUGUGCAUUGUAUCUACGGUACAGGAGUUCCGACACCGGAGAGGUUCGAGUGGGCUCCCGGUUACUUCCCGGACUACCCUCCGACCGAGUUUAUGGGCGACGGCGACGGAACCGUGAACAAGAAGUCGGCGGCGGUGUGCGCGAAUUGGAUCGGAAACAACGGUGGAAAGAGAGUGACGGUGCACGAGGUGUUCCAGGCGGAUCACAUGGCCAUUCUCAAGCAUCCGAACGCCAUCGAACUCGUCCGAAAGGCCAUUUAUCAGUUGUUGUGA